GUGCGUAGAAGCAAAGUCUGAAACAACGUCUUAUAUUUUUGUCAUUUAAACAGUAGAAACAAGAAAGCAUGAAUGGAAUUGUUAUCGUAUCCCUUUUUCUGGGGAAUGUAAUAUUUGCCUCUGAACCAGAAUGUUCACGGUUCCACUAUGAAGAAAAGACUUUAGAAAAAAUGAUAAAACUUGAGAUUUUGGUGCAGAAAAUGAAAAGUGAUGUUGAGACGACCGAAAAACUUGUUUUUGACACAUUGCAGGAUUUGACAAAAGAAAGAGAACAGAUAAAACAUGAUUGGGAAAACGAGAAGGAAGCUAUGAAGAAUGAAUUGAAAGAAAUGAAAGAAGAUAAUAGAGAACAGAUGGUUCAGUAUGCAAAGGAAGUUGAGAAUAUCAAAGAAUCGGCAUCUUCAACAGCAUUUGCAUUUGCCGCCGAACUGAGUCAAUCUAAUGUACAGUUCAUUUCUGGGCAAACAUUUAUUUACAAAAGGACCAUUUUGAAUGAAGGCAACGGUUAUGAUAAAACCAGUGGCAUAUUCACGGCACCGGUGAAAGGGACAUAUUUGUUCACAGUACAAUUUUGUACUCCCCGAAGCGAUGGCGUCGGAUAUGCAAUAAUGUCAGAUAAUGAGGAAAUUAAACGUGGAUAUAUAUAUGAUAGUGAUGCCAGCUCCUGUCACAGCUCUGAUGCGUUCGCUGUCCUAAGCAAAGGAGGAAGGGUAUGGAUAAAGUGCACAGCCAAUGUCGUCCCACUACAUGGUGGUAAUUACUGGAAUACAUUUAGUGGUGCUCUUAUACAUAAAUAAACACCAAUGACUCUGCACACUGCUGGAAUGUUUACCAUAACGAUAAAAUUCAGUUUGUUCUUUUCUGAAUGAAUCUCAUUUUUUAUUGUAACAGUACGUGUUGUGUUUCAUUAACAAUGCUUUCUGUUUGAUUUGUUUUCUCCCGAAUAAGAUAAUAUAUUUAGUGUGCAAUGUAGCAAAGACUAUCUUUGAUCGCAUGUUACUGCAGAUGAGAGAUACGAUCGCUUGAAUUCAGGAAACAACCAUCUGGUGGCUGAUUUUUGCCAUUUCAUGUUUCGGGGUGAGACACCCUAAAACGAAAAUGCAUAUUUCUAAAUUAUCCCUUUUCAGCAGAAUUUAAUAAAGUUUUUUAUUUAUGUUUGUAAGAAUGUAAAGAAAGAAUGUGUAAACUUUCUGCGCAUUUGAACCGGAAGGCGAAGACACGAAAGAACGAGAAAACUGCCUCGUGUCUUCGCCCCGCGUGUCGUUGCCAAUAAUGUUUCGUUUUCUUCGCUUUUCUUGUUUUCGCCCCAGAAGACGCGACAACUCAGCAGUUGUUUCGUCUAUUCGUGUUCUCGUGUCUUCGUAUCCUCGCCCUGGAGACACGAAACGGCAGAAGGCAUCCACCACACAAUCAAGCAUGUGUAGGAAAUUCUGAUGAAGUUUUAAAAAUAUAGAAAUUAGUUUCAAGAACAAAUUAAUAUUAUAUGAAAUUGAAUACAAACUAUUUCUUUUCAAGUAAUAUAAGAAACCAUUUCUUUCAGAUGUGUUUUAAUAAAUUAAGGAUUGAAUGUUACUUUUUGUGCUCUCAGACGGAUACAGACCACAUUAGGACUUCAGACAAAUCCAGGAAACGCGUCAACUAUUCUUGGAUGAUUUUUCUGAUCGUCCAAUGUGGUUCAUACCCAUGUAGGCACGCAAAUAGCUUUCGAUCUAUAUACAUGUUUUUUAUUAUACAUUUUUACAAUUAAUAGCUUGCAACAGAAAGUAUGUGGUUUCUUUCCACGAGUAUCGUACAAUUUGAUAUGUGUUUAUGUUUUGUAUUUCCCGUAUUGUCCUCCGUAGUCGUAUUCUUGUACUUAGCCCGUAUUCGUCUUUAGUAGUAUUGUUUUUGAAUUUAAUCAUAUUUAUGCAUUACUUUUCCUCCAGCAGUCUAGUCUUUACCCAUAUAGCUAAUUUGCGAUUUCCCUGCUUAUUUGCACAAGGCAUGCGCAUUUGCAAUGAAAAAUUGAUGCAUUUCAGUAUGUAUUGACAGUAUUGUAUCGAAAUCUACAUUCUCCUAUUGCUUGCUAAAUAAAAAAGGCGUCGUAAGAAUUCCAUGUCUCGAACUGAGACACUGAAAGAAGCAAAAAGUAGUUAAAUUUUAUGGGUUGUAUUUAAUGUAUCGUAUCUUUCUUAGAUAAAAGUUAUUAAUCCCUUUUUCUAUAGUAGCAAUAUAAAUGAAAAAAAUAUAAUUCAGUCAUGUAUUUUCAAUGAUAGUACGCGACAUUCCAGAAACGCGAGAACUUUUCUGUGAAGUUAGUUUAGUGCUCAUUUUUUUCAACAGUUACAUUUGACCUUUUAAAAUUGACUUUAUUUUGUAUUUUGUUAAUUUCAGGACAAAAUAUUAAAACACAUCGGGAUAUGAUAUCAAUAAUAAACUGAAACUGACACUUGUGGUCAUCUUUGUCUUGGAUGUUUUAUCGCAUUCAUUAAAAUCAAACUUGCCGAUAGAGAUACCUUUAUAAACAAAAUGUACUGUUAAGGUCAUUUAACAGAAACAGAGCCCUGUUUUCUUUGUUUUGGAUUUGACUAGGGCCUUCAAAUAUACGCCGAAUUUGAUCCGGAUCUCUGGGAGAUAAUGUGUAAAUCGACCAAUGGUGGAAAAAUCGUUUCAUACCGAAUUUUAUUACCCAACUUGAUUUGAAUGCAAUCAUGUUUUCGUUUAUUUUACGGUUCGGACUAUAGGUAAAUAUGAAAUGGUUCAUUCUUUUUUUUCAGUUCGGUGUAUCUGUUUAGUUCCCUUCAACAUCAUUAAGAUGUGUUUAUGCUUUAGUCCAUCCAUGAUAUAGAAGAAACAUAUAGUUGCCUAAUACAUUUACGUUCUUUUUUAAACAAGUUAAUCAUUUCGAUACAAAAACUUAUCAAACCCGUUUAAAAUAUGAAAAUUCAUAAUUCUGAAACUUAUAUCUCAUUCGGAACUAUACCCGCUUUUUCGUUUUGAACACUUUUGUAAACUUACACAAGGGAAAAUACUGUUGAUUGAUUUCAAAUUGAUGUUACAUACUGUUUUCCUCCCCUUGGAUGUUCAUUUUUUACUGUGAAUAAAAAGUGGAUGGCAUUUUAAUAUAUAUUUUCUUUAUAUUAUUUGCGGUCUUAGGAAUGAUCUUAAAUUUACUCAUAUAUAAUGACACGUUUUCUUUAAGAAAUGUUGUAUAAAAUGUCAGAUGGUCCUGGAUAUAAACAAGAUCAACAGUUCGGUACGAUAUCCAGCAGCACUGUAAGACUUGUAAUAUGCAGUGCAUGAAGACAGAAAUAGGACCGUCAUUGUGACAACCAGUUGCUAAAAUGUUCUUGGUACAACUGACAGCAUUUAGAGACGUAGAAUUAAGGUCUACGAAUAAAAGACAAUUUAGUAGGGAAAAAAUCAAACAAAGACUAGGUGUAAUUUAUUCUGUGUCAAAACACAUAACUCCCUAGCGAUUCAAAGUUUGACACUAAAAUACCUGGGAAGGAGACUACUUGUCAAUUUGUCAUACAAAUAUUCUUACCUCUUACCGUUAUAUAUUAAACGUAUGU